UUGAAGGUGAUCGACUCAGGGGAGCGGACACACCCCGUCCGGGAGGAGAAGGAGGCAUCACUGCGACAACAGUGAGAACGGGAGCCGCUCGACCACAGGGAAACGCGCUCAGCCGUGCGCCAACUGAACUCAGAACUCGACACAACAUGCAGAGCGUGUCGCCGCUGCCGCUGCUGGCCCUCAGUCUGCUGGUGCUGUCUGCCGGUGCCAGCGCCGCCUCGCUGCGCCGGCCCCACACCGGCUUCCUGGGGAUGCGCGGCAAGCGCUCGGCGCCGGCGCCGACCGAGCUGCAGCUGCCGUCCGUGACGCUGCGGCAGCCGCUGCCCGGCCAGCUGCCGUCGCCCCAGCAGCUGUUGCAGCUGUUCCGCGCAGCCGGCCCCUACAGCCGACAGCUGGCCGCACGGAUCGCCGACAAACGGGCACCCAGCGGAUUCGCCGGAAUGCGGGGACGCAAGAGGGAGGAGCUGGGCGCACGAGGCAGUGAGGACCACCUGGAGAAACGCGUGCCCAGCGGCUUCGGAGGCAUGAGGGGCAAGAAGGCCGACGUGGUGGAGGGAGGGGAGCACAAGAGGGCGCCGCAAAACUCCUUCCUCGGACUGAGGGGGAGGAGAGAGGAACAGGGACACCCCUAAACCGUCUCCAUUUUUGUCUUCUCCUUUCACCUUUCAUUUUCUCAUGGAUGUGAUGAGCCUCAUCGUCUUAUUUAUUACCUAAUGAAAUAUUCUAACUAUGUGGGUGCGCACAUCGCUGUGGGGGAACACAGACUGUAGCUAAUUUUUCAAUGAAACUAGAUGAGGUAGAUUACGCAUACCUAUAUAAUAUAGAACUGAAGACAGCGCAAAUGUAACAGAAGUAUCACGCUUUUGACUCGCUAAUGAUUUUCAACGGGGGGGGGGGGGGAGCAUGCACCUUCACUCCCUAUCCUUCAGUGCCUCUGCCUGUCUAGGGGCGCGUGAGCUGCCAUUUCGCUGCGGGGCUGCCAUUUCUUUCUCUCCACCAGUCCCCAGCGCCAUCGAUGUGUUUUUCUCUACGACCACGACCGGCCGGCUGCCGAGGGCCGCGCCGAGGGGCAGGGGUCAACAUGGGCGACAGAGGUCGACAGGGGGUCAGCAGGGGGCCGACAGGGGUCGGCAGGGGCGAGUCGAGACGCCCGACACACGGCGAGAGCGAACGAGCGAACGACUGUCGCGGAUUGAGAACCAGCCGCGCCGAGUGCUGCCAACUGCAGAGAAGGAGGAGGGACUGCAGUGAGACGUGGAGGGAUUUCCCUUCCCGGUGAAGGAAUAACUGCACUCAAUGUCGCACUACGUUAGUAGUGACGUAAAACGAAUAAAUAAGAGGCUGGA